ACGGUUACGUCACCUGAGGCACUUCCGGGACAUCCCGUGACUGGAUACCAACAGCCAAACUGUGGAGUAAAUCUACGACAUUUACCGGCUUCUGUCGGUAUUCAUGGGGCCAGACGACCCCCAGAGAAAUAUAAACAUGCCUUUCAGGAGACAUCUCUUCAGUUAAAGCUGCUGGAAAACACGAACCAUGUGGAGAGUUCACGGGUGUGUUGGAAGAGUUCUGCACCGAUGCCAUGGCAGCUCCCCCCUGCGAUUGCCCCAGGGCCAGUCUCAGGGUCUGGGGGAGGUGGAGGGCAUCCACAGCUCGGCCGUCAUCUCCAGCUCUCGACACUCCUCUGACAUCAGCUCUCAGAAAGAGGAGGAUGGAGAGAGGAGGAAGAAACAGAGGACCUCUCAGUUUGGCUACACGGAGCUGCCACGUUACACAGCCCUGGAUGCCGUGGGAUGGGGUGCUGCAGCAGUUCUUUUCAUGCAGGUCUGUAAGAGGAUCCACUUCCAGUUCUCCUCCAACGCUGAGCAGAGUCCGAUCCCUGGAGCCCUGACCGCCCCCUCCACCCUGCACAAGUGCGGCUACCGCAUCCUGCUGGAAAUCUUGUCCAGACGUGAUGUCCUGCCCAGAGGACGCAGUGUGUUGUGUCUGCAGGGGGUCCCAGAGAGACAGGACCAGAGUAGCAGCAGCAGCAUUUCAGAGGAGGCCAGUCUCUACAGCAGCAGUGAGCAGGAGCAUCUGACUGCUGACUGCUCCAUCUCUGACCCACAGAGGGCGCUCCUGAGCCAGGAUUCUCCUGUACCCGAGGAAUCACUUCUGUCAGCAUCCUGUCCUCUGCAGAAUGACGACAACACGGAGACACAAGAUGCUAACGACAAGGACAUGUUGUCUGAUGAGGAGAGGCUGGCAGGAGCAGCACUGAAUCUCAGACAUGUGGAGAAGAAACCAGCGUUCCUGUCAUCCCUCAACGUCAUUGGUCUAGAAAAUGCCAAUAGUAAGAACUACGAGGAAGCUUUUACAUGUUUCCUAGCUGCAGCUCAGCAGGGUUACAGCAAGGCCCAGUUCAACACAGGUGUGUGCUACGAGAAAGGCAGAGGAGUCGAAAAAGACAAACAGAAGGCUCUGUAUUACUACUGGCAGGCAGCAGCUGGGGGCCACCGACAGGCUCAGUACCGAUAUGCAAAGCUGCUCCUGACCAGCAGGGGGCAGCAGAGUUUAGAGCAGCUGAACACAGCCAUCAACUUACUGGAACAAGCUGCUGCUGCAGGACUCACCAAGGCUCAGGUCUGCCUCGCCUCGGUCUACUCUCAGGAGCCGGUGAGAGAUGGGAGAAGGUCUGUUGAGUUCCUGCAGAUGGCAGCAGAGAGCGGAGACGACACCGCCCUGCUGUUGCUGGGUCAGUGUUUUGAGAGCGGCUUUGGGGUGCAGCAGGAUCUGAGGACGGCGAUUGAAUACUACAGACGAUCUGCUCAGGCAGGCAACAAGCAAGCGAAGAGCUUACUGACACCUCCUAAUGAUGCAUCCAGAAAGGCAGAAGAUGCCGUUUUGCGCUCCAUCCGCUCGGCUCCAUGUUUCUCUGAAGCUGAGCGUCACAUCCAGCAGCCUCUCCUCUCUCUGGCCAGUCGACUCCGUCCCUCCACCUCUCCCUCCGUCACCCUUCCCCUCCUGCCUCACUCCUGGAGCACAGGGAGCCUGUGUGUCCCCCCGGCGCUGUCCUGCACCCCUCUGCACCCCCACCCCAGCAGCACUGAGGGAGGAGCAUGCCAGUGGACUGUUGGGAUAGGAUAGUUAGACUGAGCCGCACAAUCAAACUGAGGAGUGUAUUUGAAAGAGUGAAUAUAUUGUCACCAGAGAAGAAAGGUCAGUGUGUGUGAGGUGUGUACAUUUUGAACUCGUAUGAAUAGAUUUUAUACUUCAAAUAAUUGUUCACAAUGUUUUAUACGUUUGAAAGAGUAGUUGGUUACAAGGUCUCAUCAUAUUAUGUGUAGAAAGAAAAUGUGAUGCUUUUUUAUUAUAUUUGUUCAUUAUAUUUGUUCUUACACUACAGCAUUUUUUGUGAUUAUAAGUUCUCUGAGUAAGAAAUUGUGAUAAUGUGCCUUUUAAUGGGUUGAGAAUCAAAGGUGGUUACUUGUUUUUCUCCCUAUGGAGUUUGAUCACAUAAAAAGUUUUGUUAUAAGUGUGUCUGUAAACUGUAUUGCUGUGGACACCUCUGAAACUGAAAAAGUGCUUUAAGCUAAUGUCAUAUGUUAACCUUCAAUAAAACUACUGUAUAAAAGAACAA